UCACCCAACAGGAUGCCCCGGCAUCUGCUUCCUACUGCAGGGGAUCUCGCUCAGAUUCUGUAGCACAGGAGCAGGAGGCGUCCACGUCAGACCCAACUGCCUGCACGCUCUGGAGCUAGGCAAGCUGCGCGGCCCUUCGCCAUUAUAAAAGGGGGGUGUGCCUACGCUGUUGGCCACAUCUCUUCCUUACAUCGGCGAGUCCCUCACUACUCAUCGUCUCCUUGCUCAUACGAUAUGCAAGGGGAGCAGCAGAUGGUGGAGCGCCUGCCGCCGGGCUUCCGGUUCUUCCCGACGGACGAGGAGCUCAUCACCUGCUACCUCGCCAGGAAGGCCAUGGACGCCAGCUUCAUCUCGGUAGCCAUCCGCGACGUCGAUCUGUACAAGUCCGAACCAUGGGAUCUCGGCAGCUUUGCGGCCGGAGGAGGACGCUAUCAGCUGGAGUGCUGCUACUUCUUCUGCACGAGGGGCAGCAAGUACCCGUCCGGCGUGCGCGCCCGCCGCGCGACGCCGCACGGGUACUGGAAGUCGACGGGAAAGGACAAGGACGUGUACAACAGGGCCGGCAGCCUUGUCGGGACGAAGAAGACGCUCGUGUUCUACGGCGGAAGAGCCCCCAGGGGAGGAAAGACCGGCUGGGUCAUGCACGAGUACGCGCUCAGGGAGAGGAGCAGCAGCGCCCUCCUCAGAGGAGCACAGAGUGAGUGGGUCAUUUGCAGGGUGUUCAUGAAGAAGCAUCCCGUGAGCGACAGGAAGCUGGCAACGGAGGAGACGGUGCAUGAUCAGCACCUCUCUCCGGGCCAUCUCCUUCCAAUGGCGUCAGACGGUUGCGACGGCGAGCAGGAGGCGGCACCACCGGUGCUCACGGACUCGCGGUACAUGGACAGCCACUCCGGUGACCAUGCCAUCGCCGGUGAUGAGAAGAAUCAUCACCACCACCUGGUCCAUGAGGAGCUACUGAUGAUGAACAACAGUAGUUCAAGUUGCGCCUCACCAUCUUGGCUUAUCCAUGAUGGCCAGCUGGGAGCGCAUUGUGCGUUGCAAAUCAUGCAGAGGCAAUGCGAGGAUGCAGAUUAUUGUCUGCCAGAGUUGCUGGAGUACGACGGCUACGGCGACUUACCGAAGCGAAGCGCUGAUUCGCAGGACAGCGGUGAGGUGGACCGCCAUGCCGACAUCUCCUCUGCCUCCGUUGGCUCCCUUCACCUCGACGGGCUUUACUGGAACAUCGGUUUCUGAAAGCAAAUAUAUUCCAUGUGUGUGACCUCUUUGCAUGUGCAGAUCCAUAGAUCAAAUGGCCAAUAGGGUAUAUGUAUGUAUGUUUUCCGAACAGAACUGCAAAGCACUUGCAGUGUGUGUGAGUUUAACAUCUAGAACACAGAUUGAUGCGUGUAAUGUACAGUAUGUUACACUAGAAAGUAGUGUUAAUUCGCCAGUCCGUACAUACCAUGGGCUUCUACUGUUCUACAUCGUUUCGUGCAAUGUACAUACCUUUUCCUCAGUAACCUUCUCCAAAUAUCAGGGAGUACCUGUAUUUAUAUGGACUAAUUAUUUGGUUGUC